UGGAAGCUGUGCUGGAUGCCCUGGAGGAACAAGGAGACCUCCAGUCCCUCCUCUGCUAACCCCACCUUGGAGGCCCUCCAGAGCCCCAGCUCCAGAGGCACCAUGGCAGACAAGCUGAAGGACCCAAGCGCCCUGGGCUUCUUGGAGGCGGCUGUGAAGAUCAGCCACACGUCCCCAGACAUCCCAGCCGAGGUGCAGAUGUCGGUGAAGGAGCACAUCAUGCGUCACACGCGGCUGCAGCGACAAACCACAGAGCCAGCGUCAUCCACCAGGCACACGUCCUUCAAGCGCCACCUGCCUCGGCAGAUGCACGUCUCCAGCGUAGAUUACGGCAAUGAGCUGCCGCCGGCAGCCGAGCAGCCCACCAGCAUCGGCCGCAUCAAGCCUGAGCUGUACAAGCAGAAGUCAGUGGAUGGGGACGACGCCAAGUCCGAGGCCACCAAGAGCUGCGGGAAGAUCAACUUCAGCCUGCGCUACGACUAUGAGACCGAGACCCUGAUCGUGCGCAUCCUGAAGGCCUUCGACCUUCCUGCCAAGGACUUCUGUGGAAGCUCCGACCCUUACGUCAAGAUCUACCUCCUGCCCGACCGCAAGUGCAAGCUGCAGACCCGGGUGCACCGCAAGACCCUGAACCCCACCUUUGACGAGAACUUCCACUUCCCUGUGCCCUACGAGGAGCUGGCUGACCGCAAGCUGCACCUCAGCGUCUUCGACUUCGACCGCUUCUCCCGCCACGACAUGAUCGGUGAGGUCAUCCUGGACAACCUCUUUGAGGCCUCUGACCUGUCCCGGGAGACUUCCAUCUGGAAGGACAUCCAGUAUGCCACGACUGAAAGCGUGGACUUGGGUGAGAUCAUGUUCUCCCUCUGUUACCUGCCCACAGCAGGCAGGCUCACCCUCACGGUCAUCAAAUGUCGGAACCUCAAGGCGAUGGACAUCACAGGCUACUCAGAUCCGUAUGUCAAAGUGUCCCUGCUUUGUGAUGGGCGGAGGCUGAAGAAGAAGAAAACAACCAUCAAGAAGAACACUCUCAAUCCUGUCUACAACGAGGCCGUCAUCUUUGACAUCCCUCCGGAGAACAUGGACCAAGUCAGCCUGCUCAUCUCGGUGAUGGAUUAUGACCGAGUGGGCCACAAUGAGAUCAUAGGAGUCUGCCGUGUGGGGAUCAAUGCUGAAGGCCUGGGCAGGGACCACUGGAAUGAGAUGCUGGCGUACCCUCGGAAGCCCAUUGCACACUGGCACUCCUUGGUGGAGUGGCAGGGCCGAGCUGCCAGCUUUGACAGUGAGAGCUCCUGUCCGUCUCCGAAACCACCUCCGACACCAUGA